AGUGACUUUGACUCGCAGCAUAUUCUUUCAUUUCAUGAGGCAUCCUUAGUUGGCUCCUCACACUCAAAAAUUAAACCCCUCUCAAGCCCUAAUCCACACCCAAAAUAGAACUGUUUCUCUUACUUGCUCUUCUAGAGUUCAAAAUUCUACUUCAAUAUCAUUUUCCGUUUGGGUUCGGCUUCAGAGUCAAAAACUCUUGAGCUUUCUGGAGAAGAAUCAACAUCGUUGUUCCCGGAAUCCGGCAGUGUUUCUGGAAAGAAGGCAAAUUAGGGUGAUGCUGGUUGAGAAAUCUUUGAUUCUUCAGUUAACUGUUUUCUGCUGAAAGGGGGUGGCAAUGGGUAGCAUUGAACCAUUCAAUCGCUUGGUGAAGCUUGCGGCAAGGGCUUUUUACGACGAUAUAACUACUAAAGGUGAAAACCAGCCGAAGACUGGAAGAAGCGACAACAGAGGAAUUGCUGUGGUUAUUCUCGAUGCUCUUACUAGGCGUCAAUGGGUAAGGGAAGAAGAUCUGGCUAAGGACUUGAAGCUUCAUACAAAGCAACUUCGCCGUACUCUCAGGUUCUUUGAAGAAGAAAAGCUAGUAACUCGUGAUCACCGGAAGGAGACUGCAAAAGGUGCAAAAAUAUACAAUGCUGCAGUAGCUGCCACUGCUGAUGGUCAACAAACUGGAAGAGAAGGCGAUGAAAAACUCAAGAUGCAUACGCACUCAUAUUGUUGUCUAGACUAUGCACAGAUAUAUGAUGUGGUAAGAUACAGAUUACAUCGAAUGAAGAAAAAGCUGAAGGAUGAACUCGAGAGCAAGAAUACAGUUCAGGAGUAUAUAUGCCCGAAUUGCAGUAAGAGAUAUACUGCCCUUGAUGCACUUCGCUUGAUCUCCCCGUAUGAUGAGUACUUCCACUGUGAAAGCUGCAAUGGUGUCCUUGUGGCUGAAAGCGAUAAGUUAGCUGCUCAAGAAUUGGGAGAUGGAGAUGAUAAUGCGAGAAGGCGUCGCCAUGAAAACUUAAAAGACAUGCUAACAAAAAUGGAGGAACAGCUCAAACCACUAAUCGACCAACUUGCCAGAGUUAAGGAUUUGCCUGUUCCUGAAUUCGGAAGUCUUCAAGCUUGGGAACUUAGAGCAAAUGCUGCUGGCCGAUCUGUCAAUGGAGACCUCAAUGCUAAUGAUCCUUCUAAAUCUUCUCAGGGUCUUGGUUUUGGUGGAACUCCUAUGCCUUAUGUUGGGGAGACAAAGGUUGAAGUUGCUUUUUCUGGUAUUGACCAAAAAGGAGAAAAUGUCAAAUCAGCAAACUCAAGUGCACCUAUGAAAGUUUUGCCUCCAUGGAUGAUAAAGGAAGGCAUGAAUCUUACAAAAGAGCAACGUGGAGAGACCAAGGUGGAGACGAAGGGUGGUAGUUUGACAGCUUCCGAGCUUUCUGAUGACAAAAAGUCCACGACUGCAAAUGAUGACGCAAAGAACAUACAGGAUGAAUAUGUUAAAGCUUAUUACGCUGCUCUACUUAUGCGCCAACGCGAACAAGAAGAAGCAGUCAAGAAGGAACAGGAGUCAGGUAAUGCUGCAAUGUCCAAUGAAGCUUAUAACACAUCCACUGAGCGCCAAGUUGGCAUGAAGUCAAAACGCGAAGAUGAUUAUGAAGGAGAUGAUAAUGAAUGGGAGGAGGCCCCUCCUACAGGUGGCACAACUGAACAUUUUAAAGUCAAGGACUUAAACGUAGAAGCUGAGGCAUCUGAAGAUGAUGAGGACGACAUAGACUGGGAGGAAGGUUGACGGUCCAAGAAGUGCAAGUCAGUAUCUACAAUUUGCAGGUUAAUUUGCUCCAACUCUGGCUCUACUUACUGUAGACUCUAGAUUGAUUAACCGUGUAGUAAUAGUGUUUCCUGCACUUCUAUGUCAAUGUGUUGUGUUUGUAGAGACAUCGCAGUGUUGAUAUAUGUAUACUUUGUACUCAUCGAAAAGGUACUUUCAUGGGAUCAGACGAUGUAGAUCAUCUGUGUUUGAAUUGAUGAUGUUCUAAUGCUCAGUACUAACAUGUCUUGU